UAGGUACAGGAGGUCCUGCAGUGGAAUACCUCCUGCCGAGGGAUGAUCUAUUGAGAAGUACUUGAUUUACUCAAAUGAAGUUAUCCUCACUAUGGUCCAAUGCUGUUUUCAUCAAUGUGGCCUUUGCUUUGUAUUCUGAAACUGCCUUCGUAUCAACAUACAAAUUUCAAGUAGACUGUAAACCAUAUAUGAAUUCUGGUGACAUGUGUACCAAAGAGUAUUUUCCUAUAUGUGCAACUAACGGAAAAACUUAUUGCAAUAAAUGUGUUUUCUGCAAGGAACUGAGACUUGAUAAAAUGUCCUCCUCUUUAAUAUGGACCAAAAUCAUUUUCAUCCUGGCCCUGGUGGUUCCCUUUUAUUAUGAAACCACUUUUGCAUUUUCCAAAGAACUUCGUCGUAAGCCAGACUGCGACAAGUACGGGACAUUCCCAAAUAGGUGUACCAGGGAAUGGAAUCCAGUCUGUGGGACUAAUGGACACACUUACAGCAACGAAUGUGUUUUCUGCAAUGCAGUGAUAGCUGCUAAAGAUAAAAUCGAUUAUCAGCAUUAUGGUCGUUGCUGAGUUUUGCAUGGGUUACACAAUGUUCAGGGUCCUGGGGUUAUCCUUUUUCAUAGCAGAACCUGCAGUCAAGAAGAAUGUUCCCAAUCGAUGCUUGAAAUUCCUAGGCAGCAGGUGAAGCCUUCUGUGGUCAUACAGUGGAACACAGAAUAUUGAAAGAAUCUCUUCAACCUGUGAUUGAAGGCUUUUAUUUCAAUCAUUUUAUUAUAGUGUUAAAAAUUGCUGUCUUAAUUUUGUGUUUGAUAAAACGCAGUGUGGUUUGUAACCAGAAAUGUUUCAUUCAACAAAAUGUUAAAUACAUUUU